UGUUAUCUUAUCAAACGGAACGGACGAACAUUUUUAGAGCACUACGUUGCCUUAGUUGGCUGCUGUUAUUGGUGGUGCCAUGUAAAUUUAGUUAACCAAAGUAACACCGUAACUAUCUCCCUUUCCAAUUUCGGCCGUCCCGUGUCCUACGUGGAACAUUUUGACCUUUAUCUUAAAUUGAAAAUUCCGCAAAAAUGUCAAAAGUAUACAAGAUGAUUGUCGGCGUUGCGGACAGAUUUGUCCCUGGUGCCAUGCGUCCAAUGUGGGAACAUCCAGCUGGACCAAAAACAAUAUUCUUCUGGGCGCCUGCAUGCAAAUGGGGUUUGGUGAUAGCUGGGUUGGGUGACUUGACACGGCCAGUCGAGAACUUGUCUAUCCGCCAGUCCGCGUCCCUAGCGGCCACGGGCUUGGUCUGGUCACGAUACUCUUUAGUUAUAAUACCUAAAAACUACAGUCUUUUUGCUGUAAAUGUGUUUGUAGCGUUAACGAGUUCGUACCAAUUAAUCAGAGCUUACAAGCACCACUCAGAAUUGGAAGCACAAAAAGGAGCACAGAAAGAAGAACAGUGAUUAUUUAAUCUGUUUCCAUAUAUUUGUAGAAACAAAAUCACUUUAGGAAUUUGGUUUGGUCGAUAGUUACGGGAUGUUACUUUUAACCUGUAGCUUGAAUAGUAAUCCUAGUUUCUAAGUGAAUAAAUGAAUGCUUUUUAUUCUAUGAUAGUCUUCUAAAACAUUGACAAUUUUUUAUUGUUAAUAAUAGCAGUGCAAUUGCACUUAUAGAGAUGGGUAUUAAUGACUAUCAUAAAAUUAUUUAUUGAUUAUAUUUUAGUAGGGGGAUUGUAGAUUGUAGAAUAAGAUUAUUGAUUUUUAGAUUACGAUUAAAGAUAGUAAGCACAAUUUUAAUAUAAAUGUGGUUGUAUAAGAUUUUUGCAGUAAUGUUUAAGCAGUUACAGAAUGCAGUAGUAAAAAUCGUUACGUUCAAAAUGGUUGGCGACUUGUAACAGUUACAUUUAAAUAAUGUAACUUGAGAGAAGU